AUGCGAUUAUCCGCCUCCCUCCUGACCUUGCUCCCGCUGAUAUCAGCUCUUCAACUCCCUCAUAUCCCUUCUCCUGGAGAUGCUAUCAACGUAGUCGACUCUUUCCUUCAUUCAUCGGAUCGACAACAUCCAUCUGUCACAUUGGGAUAUGGAAAUGAUAUCAAAUUGGAGAGUGUAGGAGAAGAAUUUACGAUAUUAUCUCAUGAGAAAUUUCCUGAUCAUCGAGUCCGGAUCAAAUCUACGACAGGUUGGUGUGAUCCAGAUGUUAAAUCUUAUUCUGGAUACCUCGAUGUCGGAUAUGGGAAAGAACUCUUCUUCUAUUUCUUUGAAUCCAGAUCGAAACCUAAAGAAGAUCCUGUAGUCAUGUGGAUCAACGGCGGUCCUGGCGGUUCCAGUGCCCUUGGUCUGUUCAUGGAACUAGGUCCAUGCAGCGUCAAAGGAGAACAUCCAAUGUCAUCUAAUGAUACAAAGGUGAACCCACACUCGUGGAAUGACAAAGCAAACUUGUUUUUCCUUGAUGAACCUCUCGGAGUCGGUUAUAGUCAUGCCGAACAUGGUCAAACUGUAGCUACCACUGAGGCUGCGGCUAGAGAUGUGCAAGCUUUCGUCUCCAUUUUCUUCGAAGCUUUCAAGGAAUUUGAAGGAAGAGCUUUCCAUAUGGCAGGUGAAUCUUAUGGUGGUCGAUACCUACCGAUCUUCGCUUCUGCCGUUGUUGACGGAAACAAACAUCUCAUUAAACACGGUAAAAAGCCUAUCAAUUUACAAAGUGUCAUGAUUGGCAAUGGUGUCACAAACGAUUUCACCUUGCUUGAAUCGUACUUCCCUUUCCAAUGUACUCUCAAUGGAGAUCUGACAGAACCGAUCCAGAGUAUUGAGAACUGUGUAUUCAUGGCUGAGAACGUACCGAAAUGUUCCAAACUUGCUCGUAAACAUUGUAUUGAGUCGCACGACUAUACAGCCUGUUCAAUGGCUAUGAACUUUUGCUCGGAAGUCCUCGAGACUUCGUUCUGGCAAGCUGAAGUCAACCCUUAUGAUGUCACUAUGUCCUGUUCCCCCAAAGAGCUGGGAGAGACUUUAUGUUAUCCUGUAACUAAGAGAAUCGGAACGUAUCUUAAUCUUCCAGAUGUACGAGAAAUACUUGGAGUACAUCCUCAUCGAGCGAACUGGUCGGCAAUCAAUGAAGGAGUCAGCAGGAGGUUCACUCAAACACUAGAUAUCACGGGUCAGACAUGGUUAUACGUUGCUGAGCUGCUAGAAAGAGGUGUCAGGGUACUGAAUUACGUCGGAAUGCAAGACUUCAUCUGUAAUCAUAUCAACAACGAAAUGUGGAUGGAAAAACUUGAAUGGACAGGUCAAGCAGGUUAUAUUUCCGCUCCAUGGACAGAUUGGAAAGUCAAAGGUGAAACCUCUGGUUAUUACAAGACUUCGGGUAAUCUGACUAUGCUUAAAAUUAGAGGUGCGGGUCAUAUGGUUCCUUAUGACAAACCUGUCGAAGCUUUGGAUAUGUUGAAUUCUUGGUUGGAUGCUGUAGCACUUGGUGACAGAGUAUAA